GGUGGCGGAGGUGGAGGGGAAGGCAGCAGCAGCAGCAGCCAGCCGUCGUCGCAGCAGCCGUCCCCUCCAGCUGCCGCGCAGGCCGUCAGCGAAGCGCUCACGCAGGACCCGUGCGCCUCUCUGCCGGGGGGGACGCAGCCGGAGGAAGAGCCGGACCUGGUGAUCGAGGUGUCGGGCCGUCGGAUCCGCGCGCACAAGGCAGUGCUGGCGGCCAAGAGCGACUACUUCCGCGCGCGCUCGUCCAGGGACAUCCUGCGCGUCAAGGGCGUGAGCUACGCGGCUCUGCGCCUGCUGCUCGACUACGUGUACACGGCGCGCAUGGGCGACGUGCGCCACGACAACCUGGCCGAGGUGGUGAGCGGCGCGCGGGUGCUGCAGAUGCCGUGCGCCCUGCACUGCGCCGCCGAGGCCAUGAGGGCGCAGCUGCGCCUCGACAACUGCCUGCAGCUGCUGGGCCUGGCAAAGAAGCAGCGGCUGGCCGAGCUGCGCGAAGCCGCCUACCGCUUCAUGAGCGACCACUACCUGCAGGUGCUGCGCGAGCCUGCCGUCUAUGGGCGCCUCAGUGGCGCCGAAAGGGACCUAAUCCUGCAGCGCCGCCUCGACGCCGGCAAGCCCUGUCUGCUGGUGGCCGAGGUGAGCGACGCCUUCGAGAGGCUCAACUCUGGGAGCAGGCCGCAGAGCCGAGAGAGCAGCAGGCCGCAGAGCCCCUCUUCCGUGGUGUCCCUGGAGGACGGCGGCUACCUGCUCUACAGCUACCACGAGGCGGCCAAGGAGUGGAGGGUGCUGACCCGGCUGCCGGACGAGGCCAACGCCAAGGGGUGCGCCAUGUGCGUGCUCUACAACUACCUCUUCCUGGCUGGGGGCAUCUCCACGGCGCCGGGGGACCCCCGUGCCAGGCUCUCCGACAAGGUCUUUUGCUACAACCCCUUGACGGAUACCUGGAGCCAGGUGAAGCCCAUGGGGCAGCCUCGUUCGCAGCUGAAGCUGCUGGCCCUCGACGGCUAUCUGUAUGCAGUGGGCGGCGAGUGUCUCUUCACGGUGGAGAAAUACGACCCCCGGGCGGAUCGGUGGAGCCCGGUGGCUCCUCUGCCGAAAGGGGCUUUUGCCGUGGCUCACGAAGCCACCACCUGCAACGGGGAGAUCUACGUGUCAGGUGGGUCGCUCUUCUACCGCCUGCUCAAGUAUGACCCCAAGCGGGACGAGUGGCAGGAGUGCCCGUACAACAGCAGCCGCCGACGCUCCGCCGACAUGGUGUCCUACAAGAGCUUCAUCUACCGCUUCGACGUGAGCAGCAGCCGUGGGGAGCCGGGUCAGGCCGGCGGGGUGGAGGUCUUCCGGUACAAUUCAGUGGCCAAGCACUGGAGUCAGUGCGCUUCCUUGUGCCCCGGCGGCGGCCUGGUGCAGCCAUUCCGCUGUGCCGCUUUGGGCAGCACCAUCUACUGUGUCAACCGGACUGGAAUGCUGUGCUUUGCCCUGUCCCAGAAUGGUGAGGUGGAAGCAGAUGGUGGACUCAAGGGGAGCUUUGAGCCAGAACUUCUCAAAGCCCCGUUUGAUACUAAAGGGGUCCUUCUUCCGUUUGUACUCACCCUGCCGGAGAAAGAGAAAACGGGGGAGCCGGAAAGUCCUCUGACAUGAGAACUAAACUAGCUCUGGGAAGGCCGGCUGGAGUUUAUCUCAGUGCUCUGCUCUGAUGAAUAUCAGCAGGACAAGGCCUCUGCCAAGGGAAGGGUCAGAGCAGGUGCAUGGUCUCCAGCCAUCACUGGUGGCGGUAGUGAUUGGGGCUGCAGUUUAACUUGCAGAGGCUAAAUCCAAGGUGAAAAGUGUGUAACAGCUUCUUUGCACCGAAGGAAACAAACAGAAAGCCACUUUACCAAAUUAACACAUGCAUGCACCACUAUGGAUGGAGAAUUGGGAUGGUGUCCCACCUAAAGCGUUGGCUAGCUGGCUGUAGCCUCUCAGAGCUCGCUAGCAUAAUUCACAUAGGAAACAACUCACCUCUCAGCACAGAUAGAAAGCAGUCAUUGCAAAGCUGCUAAAAUAGAUUAAUUGUUGUGCAAUGCCAGUGCCAUUUUCCAGCCUAGAAGCAUUUUGGAGGUAAAAUUCAGGAAAGCAACAACUUUCAAAGGAAUUUCAGCUAUGAAAUGGUUCUUUUUGUAAAUA